AAAAUAAAUAAACAUUACAAAAAAAAAAAAAAAAAGAAAAUGUUUAAAAAAAAAAACUAUUUGAAGCUAGCCUCAUUCAUGUAUAGGGAUCAAUAAGGAUGAUAUAUCUUUAAAAAAUGUUAACCCUAACCCCAAUUCUUAUCACCCACAGAGGAAAGAUGCAACAUUUGUCUAGAAUGAUCCCGAGGCAACCUUGUGGUCUUAUCACAUUAAAAGUAACACUUUGAAGUCAACCUCCUUUGUUUUCGGUGGCCUAACAGAGAAAAGUCCCACGGAUGCCAGAACUCAUCCAAUUCUGAGUGGAUUAGAGGGGAGGAAAUGGGUGGGAUGGGCGGGGAGCAGUGCUAAUAAAAGGCCCUCCUGGGAGAUCUCACUUCAGAACUGCUGCUGGGACAAGACCUGGGGCCAGAGGAGAAGAGACGGGGGCCAUGGCCGAACACUUUAAAGAAGUAAGCAGGUGUCUCGUGUGCCUGGCUUACCUCGAAACGCCCGUGUACCUGAAAUGUGGCUACGUCUGCUGCCUGCGGUGUCUGGAUUCGCUGCAGAGGGAGCCCGACGGGGCGGGCCUACUGUGCCCCUCCUGCUCCGUGGUCUCUCAGAAGGAGGACAUCAGGCCCGGAAGCCAGCUUGGGAGGCUGGUUGCAAAGAUCAAGGAGUUAGAGCCCCAGCUGCGAGCUGUUCUGCGGAUGAACCCAAAGAUACGCAAGUUCCAAGUGGACGUGACCUUGGACGUUGACACGGCCAACGGCUACCUCGUCAUUUCUGAGGACCUGAAGAGUGUCCACUGCGGGUAUUCCAGACAGAACCGGACGCCCCGGGCCGAGAGAUUCGACUAUGCCCUCUGUGUGCUGGGCUCCCCUGGGUUCUCCUCUGGCCGCCACUAUUGGGAGGUGGACGUGGGGACCAGCAAGGAAUGGGACGUGGGUGUUUGCAGAGACUCUGCUCAUCGGCAAGGGCCGGUUCUGCUGUCCUCAGAGUUUGGCUUCUGGACGGUGGGUCUGAGGACCGAUCUCUUCCAAGCCGGCACCAUGCCUGUGACUGUUCUCUCGGUGAGCCCCCGGUUACACCGCGUAGGGGUCUUCCUGGAUAGGAAUUUUGGCACCGUUUCCUUUUACCACGUUAGCGACGGAUCCCACAUUUUCACAUUCACUGAAAUUCCUGCCGCGGAGACGCUGCGUCCGUUUUUUGCUCCUGGGAAUCCGACCACGGACGGUCGAGAAGUCCUGAGAAUCUGCCCUGUGAGGAGCCCAGGCGUUGCCGGCAACCCCGCGGGUUCUGGGCAGAGCAAACGAACCUCCGAUACAGAACAUUUGUAGAGAAUUCCCGUGUGCUCACAGCCGGAGCCGGGAACUCUCCUGCCGGUUACGUGCGUGGUGCAGACGUGGCGGGAAAACACGCAACGGCUGGUGAAUCGUGAAUGCUAAUUACAUGAAAGAAAGCAUUUAAGCAUCAGCACAGUUGUUUCUCUGGGGACUCGUUCCUAUUUCUGUUCCGAUGACUGGGUUCUGGGUUUUCAGAUCAGUUUCUGAGUGUUUUUUUUAUUUUCUGCAGUAUUAACUUAGUGUGUAAUGGAGGUUAUAAGGGAAGUAAAAACUUGGAUGUGACCC